AUGGUUGAACUUGAAUCUGUUAAAAUAGAAGAAGCCUUGAAUGGUCCAAAAUGGAUUUUUGCUGUGAAGGAGAAGCUGGAAUCCAUUGAGAAGAACAAGACUUGGGAGUUGGUUGAUCUAUCGAAUAGAAAGAAGCCAAUUGGUGUAAGAUGGGUGUUCAAAGUGAAGACAAAUCCCAAGGGUGAAAUAAUCAAGCAUAAGUCUCGAUUAGUUGCAAAGAGAUUCUUGCAAAGAGAAGGUAUGGACUUUAAAGAGGUAUUUGCACUGAUUGCUAGAAUCGAAACUAUUGGUUACUUGUUGGCAUUGCGAAUAGAAACAAUUGAUACAUCUAUCAAAUGGAGGUUAAAUAUGCUCUAG